AUGAAGUCCACUAACUUCAUAACGGCUAUCGCGACCACUCUGGGCAUCGCAGCUACCGCUGCCGCAGCAGGGACAGCGGGUUGUGGCAAAAGCCAUCCACUCCCUAACAUAACACAAUACUUCGGCCUCACUAGCAGCGGGCGAUACCGAAGCUACUCGGUCCACCUCCCGGCUAACUAUAGCGAAACAACGGCAUACCCAGUCGUUCUAGGAUUCCAUGGCUCAAGCAGCGUCGGGCUGUUCUUCGAAGCAGACACCAAGAUGAGCGAGGCCCGGUUCAGCGGUGAUAAAAUAAUGGUCUACCCCAACGGCGUAGACGGCGCCUGGGCCGGAGCGAACUACUCCGAAGUAUCAGUGCCGGAGGACCUGCAAUUCGUAUCAGACCUGCUCGACGCAGUGCGGGACUCGUACUGCGUCGACGACAGCCGGAUCUACGCCACGGGGAUAUCCAUCGGCGGCGGCUUCGUCAACACAAUAGCCUGCAGCGCCUUAAGCUCGCACUUCGCCGCCUUCGCGCCUGCCUCCGGGUCUUUCUACACGGACAACGACGCGGCGCACGGAAACUGCACUCCGGCACGCACUCCCAUCCCCGUGCUCGAGAUCCACGGCGGCGCGGACGCUAGUGUGUUUUAUGCCGGGCGCGCGGGCGAGGGAGGCGAGGAACCGGGUAUUGAGACGUGGUUGGGGUGGUGGGCUAUGCGGAACGGGUGUGCUGAUGGGGGGAAGACGGUUGAGGAGAGCUUUGGGGGGGAUGUGGUGCAUGUGAGUUGGGGGUGUGGCGGUGUGCAGGGGGGGUUGCAGCAUUGGAAGGUUGAGGAUAUGGGACAUUGUUGGGCGUCGACUGAGAUCAACUUCUCCCAGAUUUCGGUGGGGGAGGGACCGACGCAUAUACAGGCUUCGCAGAUUAUUAUGGAGUUUUUUGAUCGGUUUACUAAGCCUUGA